AGCGCGCGGGUUGCGAGCGCGUCGGCAACUAGAUCGACUACCAAGUCUUUCGAAUUUCAUAAAAAAAAUUGAUUCUUUUUUUUUAAUAAUCCGCUAUUCGAUUUUGCGGUUUUGUUUCUUUUCGUAGACCGAGUUUCGCAUCGGCCGGGAACUUUCACAAAGUUUGUUUUAAAAGUUUUUAGUUUAUUUUUGUGUUUUUUGAAAAUUGUUUUGUACUAUUGGUUUGUGUUUGGGCAGUGAUUUGUUAUUUUUUGGGAUGUAAUGAAAGUUUUUGUUUUUUGGAGUUUUGCGGUGGCAUAGUGUCGUGAACUUUCGAAAAGUGUUAAGGAAUUUUCUUUUGGCUCUAUCAACAAAACACAAUGAUGUUUUGGAAAAUCUUAUGCACUUUUAUUGUAUUAGUGCAGGCGGUGACAGCCAACUGGUGGAAUCUGGCAGCACCAGUCCUCUCACCAGCCAGCAAUACAUCAGUGGAGACAUUUCCAACUUUACAUAAAGAGAACUGUCAGAGUCUGGAGUACUUGGUUGACCGACAAAGGCAGCUUUGUAUGCUGUCUGAUAAAAUGGUGCAGGUGCUUCAAACAGGUGCAAUGCAAACAGUCGAAGAAUGUCAACAUCAGUUCAGACACAGCAGGUGGAACUGCAGUACCGUUCAGAACUCUACUGACAUAUUUGGAGGGGUACUUAAAUUUAAGUCCCGUGAAGCAGCAUUUGUCCAUUCAUUAUCAUCAGCUGCCCUGGCCCAUGCUGUUGCUAGAGCCUGUAGCCGCGGCGAGCUGAAUGAGUGCUCCUGUGAUUCUAGGGUGAGGAAACGGACUCCGAGACAUUGGCAGUGGGGAGGCUGUUCUGAGGAUAUCAGAUACGGAGAGAUUUUUAGUCGAGAUUUCAUUGACGCGAAGGAAAAUAAGGAAACCGAUGAAGGAUUGAUGAAUUUACACAACAAUGAAGCUGGGCGACGGGCGGUCCGUGGUCGUAUGCAACGCGUGUGUAAAUGCCAUGGGAUGUCUGGGUCUUGCUCUGUGCGGGUUUGUUGGCGAAGACUGCCCCAACUGAGACUUGUGGGAGACGCUCUGUCAACGCGGUAUGAAGGCGCAUCGCACGUUAAGGUAGUGGAGAGAAAAAAAGGAAAGAACAUAAGAAAACUAAGACCGCUCCACGCAGACAUGAAGAAACCAAAUAAAACCGAUCUUGUGUAUUUAGAAGACUCGCCGGACUACUGCGAACCAAAUGAUGAACUCGGCAUUCUCGGCACCCGCGGCCGGACCUGCAACAGGACUUCAGCCGGGCUUGAUGGCUGUCGGCUGCUCUGCUGUGGUCGAGGGUAUCAGACCCGUGUCAGGGAUCACGAGGAAAAGUGCCGAUGCCGGUUUGUUUGGUGCUGCAGGGUGCACUGCGAGAUUUGCCGGUCGAAAAGAGACCAUCACGUUUGUAAUUAGGCUUCUUAAGGAGUUGAUUGAUGAUAUUGAUCCAAUAGUCUAGCUUUAGAAUAUUGCUUAAUUCUCUAUGAAAACGGUACUCAAUAUAUAUUGGGUGUCCUCAGACGAGAAAUCCCUAAUUACCGGAAUCAAUGUUUUAAAUAAUUAGAAAUCAACCUGUCACCGCGUUUCAGUACGUCCUUCGAGAGUGUAUCAAUUUUUAAAAAACCGGCAACGCACAUGCGAGUAGCCCAUUGAAUAUCCAUGGACGGCGGUAUCACCCUGAAAUGAUUCUCCUGCCUGUUUGUUUCCUGUUAUAUUAAAAAAAAUAAAAAGCGUCAAAAACUU